CCGUAGUUUGGACACAAACAAGGAAGUGCAUUAUAUUGAAAAUUUAGAGCAACAAAAUAGUGGAUGUAAUGCAUUUUAAACAAUGUAUUGCUACUUUAUUUGACAUAAAACAAUUUGGAUGCAUACAAUGCAGUUCAUUAGAAACUGAUACAAUUAAAUAGGCUAUUAUAGGUUAAGGACCUUGCGCGAGAUCUCCAAUUUCUGUCAAUGCAGGUAUGCUAGCUAGCUAACUUGUUAGUUUAGCUGAACAGCGAUGGCAGCAAAUCCCGGAAAAACAUUCAAGUUUGUGGUCGUCGGUGGUGGUAUUGCAGGUGUAACGUGUGCUGAGCAGCUGGCCUCCCAGUUCCCAUCAGCUGAUGUUGCUCUCCUGACAGCAGCCCCUCUGAUUAAGGCAGUCUGCAACUUCAAACAGGUAUCUAAGACGCUGGAGGAGUUUGAUGUGGAGGAGAGGCCCUCCAGUGUUCUAGAGGAAAAGUACCCCAACCUGAGAGUCAUCCAGUCUGCAGUGAAAGCCCUUCAUGCACAACAACAUACUUUGCAGACUGUGGAUGGUCUGGAGAUCCACUAUGAGAAGCUGUGUAUCUGUAGCGGGGGCAGACCCAAACUCCUUACCCAGGAUAACCCCUAUGUGCUGGGGAUACGAGACACAGAUAGUGCCCAGGAGUUUCAGAAGCGGUUAUCCAAAGCCAAGCGAAUUGUAGUCGUUGGAAACGGAGGGAUUGCCUUGGAACUAGUGUAUGAGGUGGAAGGUUGUGAGGUAAUCUGGGUAGUGAAAGACAAGGCCAUAGGAAACACCUUCUUUGACUCGGGAGCAGCCCAGUUCCUGAUCCCCUCCCUGGACACAGACAAACCAGAGCGAGCUGCUACCUGUAAGAGGGCUCGCUACACCAUAGAGGGGCCUGCAGCUACGCAGGGCCUUGCUCUAGGUGGCGACAGACAAGGCCAGAGAAGAGGGUUGGAAGAGCCAGGCAGUGCCCUGGGACCAGACUGGCAUGAAGGCAUCAGUCUGAGAGGAGCAGAGGAGGUGUCUCACAGGGUGUCUGUGGAGUACCAGUCUGAGGUGAAACAGAUCUACACUCACCAGGACUUCCUGCUGUCACCGCUUGCCUCACAGACAGCAGACACUGGCUCUUGGCCAGUGUACGCUCAGCUGACCAAUGGGAAGACUUUUGGCUGUGACUUCAUCGUCAGUGCCACAGGAGUCGUGCCAAACACCGAACCUUUCCUCCAUGGAAACAGCUUUGCGUUAGCCGAUGACUCUGGGCUGAAAGUGGAUGACCACAUGUUGACAACAGAACCAGACAUUUACGCUGCUGGAGACGUAUGUACAGCAGGCUGGGAGCCAAGCCACCUCUGGCAGCAGAUGCGUCUGUGGACGCAGGCCCGUCAGAUGGGCUGGUACGCAGGGCGGUGUAUGGCUGCUGAUGUCCUGUCUCAAACCAUAGAGCUGGACUUCUGCUUUGAACUCUUCUCUCACAUUACAAAGUUCUUCAACUACAAGGUGGUUCUGCUGGGGAAGUUUAACGGCCAGGGUCUGGGUCUGAACCAGGAGUUGUUGUUGCGCUGCACUAAGGGCCAUGAGUACGUCAAGGUAGUGCUGAGCGGAGGGAGGAUGUUGGGAGCAGUCCUUAUUGGAGAGACUGACCUGGAAGAGACCUUUGAGAACCUCAUCCUCAACCAGAUGGACCUAACACCCUACGGAGAAGAGCUACUAAACCCCAACAUAGACAUAGAGGACUACUUUGACUGAGCCUGUGUGUCUACCUAACACCCUAUGGAGGGUUACUACUCAACCCCGACAUAGACCACUUUGACUGAGAGGCCAAGAACUUCCUCGUAAAUCACUACUAAACUGGACGUCUGCUUUAGCCCUGUUUAUAUCUGGUGCUAACACGUCCUGAUCUUGCCCACAUUUUUAGACUGGUGUAGAUGAUUUUAAAAAAAAUUAAAAACCUGAUUGUGAUCAGAUCUUCCUGACCACCUCCGGAGGUAGUCAGGGACACAUUGUAUCUGGAUUGUGUAAACAGAUCUGGAUUAUCAAACCAUUUAAUUUGUCCCUCAAAUCAUUGACAGGUGGCACUAUUGAUCCAAUGUGUCAGUAUUUGUUUUAACAUAAAUAAAACGUGAUUAUUUUGAAA